AUAAAUUACUGUUGCUUUCGUUUGGAAACAGUGUCUACGGAAUGCCAUACAUUUAUGUAAUAAAUAACUAGCAAGCCCCGUUCGUCAUAGUGAUUCAUUAGUUCAACGAGUAGAUAUUUUUACCUACUCAGCCAGCGAUCGUGUUUAUAUUGUAAUUAAUUUAUUAUAAAUGAAUACUUAUAUACCAACUGAAUUAUAAUAUCCAAAAAUUAAUAUCAGUAAAUAAGAUGUCUUUCAACAUUAAUUCCAAACUCGUCUUGCCCAUUGUAUUUGGAGUGGGUGCGGUGGUGGUACUUGCCUCUGUGAUUGCCAAUUGUGCAUGGGGCGGCAAAAAGUCAACAAAAAGUAAAAAGAAACUUGUUGCCUUAGUAGAUCCUAACACAAAAUACCAAUUACCUCUUAUAGAAAGAGAGGAAAUAAGUCAUGAUUCAAGAAGGUUCCGAUUUGGUUUGCCUUCUAGUGAACAUGUUCUAGGAUUACCCAUUGGUCAACAUAUACAUCUAUCAGCUAAAAUUGAUGAUGAUCUUGUCAUUAGAGCAUAUACACCUGUAUCAAGUGAUGACGAGAAGGGUUAUGUGGAUUUGGUUAUUAAGGUAUACUUCAAAAAUGUCCACCCUAAAUUUCCUGAAGGUGGAAAAUUAUCACAACAUUUGGAAAACUUGAAACUCGGUGAAACAAUUGAUGUCCGAGGACCAUCUGGAAGGCUACAGUAUCCAGGAAAUGGUGUAUUCCUAAUCAAGAAACUGAGAAAGGAUCCCCCACUCAGGAUAGUAACAAAGAAACUCAACAUGAUUGCAGGUGGCACUGGCAUAGCACCAAUGCUGCAACUCAUCAGACACAUCUGUCAGGAUCCAAGUGACUCUACGGAGCUGCGCCUGUUGUUUGCCAAUCAGACUGAAGAAGAUAUCCUACUUAGAAAUGAACUUGAGAAAUAUCAAAGAGAGUACCCAAAUCAAUUUAAACUGUGGUAUACUAUUGACCGGGCCAAUGAAGGAUGGACGUACAGUACUGGCUUCAUCAACGAAGACAUGAUUCGAGACCACCUGUUCCCACCAGGAGAUGACGUGAUAGUACUUAUGUGCGGUCCCCCACCGAUGAUUAAUUUUGCUUGCAAUCCAGCGCUAGAAAAGUUGGGUUACAAAGAGGAUUUACGUUUUGCGUAUUAGAUAUUUAUUGGAUUUAAUUAAGAUACAAAAGUAUAGUAAAAAUUUCGACCGGUUUAUUGUCACAUAAUUUUUUUAAAUAGAUUGCCAGUAGUACUAUGUUUAUUUUUAUAUAAAUAAUAUAAUUUUCCAUUUUAUAACGUACCAAUAUUACCAGAUUGUAUUUGCCUAUUUGUAGAUUAGGAAAGGAGGAAGGAGGAAAGGAAUAGAUUGAUUAUCAUCAUCAAUCAUCAACAUAAAAGUAUAAUGAAUGUUCUACUUUCAAUAAUUUAGGUUUACUAACUUUAAAUAAAUGUAAAUAACUGUUUUUAACUUUCAAAAUGUGACUCGGAAGUAAUUAAUUUUACUUUUUUUUUUUAAUUUUUAAUGAUGUGAUAACAAUAUUUAUAGUAUUUUCAGUUUCACAGAAAUGUGACAUUUCACUCAAAUAUAUUUUAUAAAAAGAAUUAUACCAUUAAUAAAAAUUUAUCCGUUCAAAUUUAUGCUCACUUAGAUAUUUUACUUAUAAAUAGUGUAAAACAUACGUGUUGACUAUAUAAUAUGGUUGUAUUGCUAUUAAGAGUGCCUGAGCCAAUUUAGAUAUUUUUGUAAUGCUCUUGUUGUAUUUAAAUAUAGAAAAAGUGCAUAGAUUGUUGAUUGAAUAAAAAGUUCUAUAAUUUUAUUCUUCUUUUUGUUUAGUGCUGUUCUAUGAUAAUGUUAUGUCCCUCGGGUAUUUUAUUAUUUUUAUUAUCACUUAAAGCUGUUUCUGUUUAUUUGUUCAAGAUGCUUAAUAAUUAU